AUGAAGUGGGGCCCUAAAGUGGUAACCUGCCUAGGGUCCCGUGGAACCUUAAACUUGCCGUGUGGCUCAGAGGGUCCGGUAUAUAUUUCGGAAAUCUCCCACGGUGGGGUCAGGGGUGCACUUGGAGCCUGUCCCCAGAUAAUGGCAGUUAUUGGGGCUCUCGUUCUUUAUGCAUUUGGGAAUUUCUUGUCAUGGCGGUGGUUGGCCGUGGUUGGCGAGGUUCCUGUAUUUAUAAUGCUUGUCCUUAUGUGCUUCAUGCCUGAAUCGCCUCGCUUCCUGAUCUCCAAAGGCAAAGAAGAUGAAGCACUUGAUGCCCUGCGGUGGCUUCGAGGGGCUGACGCUGCGUAUCAAGAAGAAUGUGACAGAAUUAAUAACACCAUAUGCAUGACUAACUCACUGUCAUGUGCUGAAAUCGUGGACCCAUACUACUAUAAGCCCAUCCUCAUUGCUGUUCUUAUGAGAUUCCUGCAACAGCUCUCUGGUAUCUCAUCAAUCUUAACAUAUCUGGAGCCCAUCUUUGAGAGGACCUCUGUGACUUUGAAAGGUGGAAUUGACGCUGCCAUAGUGGGAGUUGCGAGGUUAGCUUCGGUGAUGGUUGCCGCAGUCAUUAUGGAUAAAGUUGGCAGGAGAAUACUACUCUUUACGUCUGGUUUAUUAAUGUUGGCCUCUUCUCUUGCCAUGGGACUAUACAUCCAUUUUACGAAGGACAUCGACCAUCGUCACGAUUCCACCAAUCUCACGGUCAUCACAGUUAACCAAGGCUCAUGUCCAGAUCCCAUUAACUAUGUGUCUUUCAUUCCGCUGAUCUGUAUUAUUGUCUAUGUUAUAGGCUAUGCCUUUGGCUGGGGACCCAUUACUUGGUUACUCAUGUCAGAGAUUUUUCCCUUGAAAUCACGAGGAUUGGCUUCUGGCUUCUGUGUCUUUGUCAGUUGGAUCACUGGGUUCGUUGUCACAGAGGCCUUUUUCCCAGUUGCUAAUGCCCUGGGACUAGAGACACUUUUCUUUUUCUUUACGGUUGUCUGCUGUUGUGGUCUCUUCUUUUCCUUCUGCUGUGUUCCGGAGACCAAAGGACGGACCUUGGAACAAAUCGAGUCCUUCUUUAGAACAGGACGUCGAUCAUUCAUGAGAUAG